AUGAAAUCUGUGAUAGAGAGAUAUAAUAAGUCAAAGGAGGAACAUCAACAACUUCUCAAUCCAACGUCAGAAGUGAAGUUUUGGCAAAGGGAGGCAGCGAUCUUAAGACAUCAACUGCAGAACCUGCAAGAAAACUAUAGACAAUUGAUGGGAAAAGAACUUCAUGGUUUAAACGUGGAGGAGUUACAAAACCUCGAAAACAAAUUGGAAAUAAGUCUAAAGGGCAUCCGUAUGAAAAAGGAACAAAUGUCGUCUGAUGAAAUACAAGAACUAAGCCGAAAGUGUAACCUUAUUCAUCAAGAAAACAUUGAGUUAUAUAAGAAGGCAUUCCUCAUUUCUCAAGAAAACGUUGAAUUGCACAAGAAGGUUUGUGACGCAAGGGAAAUGACUGCAACGAGCGAAAACAACUUCAUAACUUAUUGUCUCAACAAUGGUGAAGAGUCAACUAUUCCAAUCCGCCUUCAACUUAGGCAACCUAGCCAAGAAUGCUAAAGGAUCACACCAAAGAAAAGAAAACUAAAUAAAUAGGUCCAACAAUAUUGCAACUGAGGACCUGGACAUACCUUUAUCAAUUUCUCUUAAACAAAAAU